GCCCGUGUCCCUGCCGAUCUGGGGGCCACACAGGUACUGGCCACACCGGGCCCUCAGUGCUCACUAGCGCCCGUGAGGGGCCAUCCUGCAGCGCUGGAGGCCUGGACGGCUCCCCUGGUGCUGAUGAGAUCUGCUUUUCUUUUUUUUCUGAUGAUAAAGAGACUGUUUUUGUAGAAAAUCUAAGAAGCAGAGGAGAGCAAGUAUCAAGCGGAAGUCCCCUGGAGUCCCCCCCAGAGUCAGGCCUGAACUUUCCAAAGUUUACACUCACGGUUUUAUGCCUGUUUGGGGUUCUGUCUGCUCACAUCCUCUGCCUGUUUUUCUGCUGGAGGAUUGAUCUUUCAGUAUUUUCUCAUGAGCUAUUUUUAUAUCUGUUGGCUGCCAGGAUUUUCUAUAUUUUGAACCUUUUGACUUUUAUUGACUUUUCUUAUAACGUUUUUGCCCCACGGAUGUUUCUCACUUUUGUGCUGAAAUCUCUGAUUCUCUUCCUGGCCUGGACAGAGUGGUCCCUCCUUUUUGAAAUGUGCUUCAGUGUCACCCUGUGACCACAGACUCUCUCUCUCUCCUUCUGCCCCUGCGCUGACAGAGGUGAGGUGGCCGUCGAGUCCCCUCUGAGGAGGUCUGGGGGCGGGGUCCUUGCACUUUUGAUGGCCAGGACAGCAGGACGACGCUCAGUCAUGUUUCACGGACGUUCUCGUUGGUGGACGUGUGUGGGUGAGCCUGCAGAGAGCACGUGCUGGACGAGAGAUGGAGCCAAACGCAGAGACUUUCACGGCUCCGCUCUCGUCCCUGAGAAACGAGCCCGGCCACACGCAUGCCCCAGCGGUCACUCCCAGCCACUGCCUGACAGCACGACGUCUUUCACCAGGGAACACCUACACCGGACAGUUUGUUUUGGGAGAACCCCAAGGACACGGCGUCAUGAAGUACAAAGCCGGCGGACGUUAUGAAGGGGAGCUCUUCCGCGGCCUGAGAGAAGGACAGGGGCACCUGGUGGACGCAGAUGGACAAGCUUACUGGGGGUCGUUUCACGACAACAAGCGGCACGGCCAAGGGCGGAUGGUCUUCCGGAACGGAGAUGAGUACGAGGGCGACUGGGUCCGGGACCAGCGCCAGGGCCACGGGACGCUGCGCCGUGCGGACGGCUCCAUCUAUGAGGGACAGUGGCACGGUGACGUGUUCAGUGGACAGGGCAGCAUGGCCCACUGCUCCGGGGGCGUCUACCGAGGGGUGUGGAUCAAUGGCCACCCCAUGGCACAAGCCACAGAGAUCAUGAUUUUGGGUCCGGAGGUGAUGGACGUGGCCCGGGGAUCUUCCUUCACGUUGACCAUUCAGCUGCAGCGGGACGAUGGGGAAGUUGCCACGGGCACCACAAGUGCCUUUUCCUGGACACGGAGCGUGGAUGGAAUCUCACCUGUGGUCGCGCUCCGCCCCUCCCUCCCGCCCAGCGCGCAGCGCUGCUCUCCUCUUUGUGGACCACUAGCCUCCCAUCCUGCCCGCCCAGCGCUUUGCUCACCUGCGUCCGUGGGCGACAGUCCAGUCCUUGGCGCUUGGCUGCUGUGAACAUUCAUGUGCAGGUUUUUGUGUAAACAUGUUUCAUUUCUCCCAGGUAUAUAUUUAUGAGUAGAAUUGUUGGGUCAAUUGUUGGGUAGGUUUGUGUUUAAAUUUUUCAAGAAACGGCCAAACUCUUUUCCAAAGUGGCUGCACCAUUUUACCAUCCCAUUAGCAAUGUACGAAGGUUCUGAUUUCUCCACGUCCUCGCCAGGGAGUAGCCAUCCUGAGGAUGUCAGGUGGCAUCUCCUCAUGGAUUUUUGUUUUCUUUGUUUUUGGGGUUUUUUAAAAAUUUUUUGGCCACACCACGUGGCAUGCAGGAUCCUAGUUCCCCGACCAGGGAUCGAACCUGUCCCCCCUGCAAUGAAAGCACAGAGUCUUAACCACUGGACCACCAGAGAAGUCCCUCCUCAUGGUUUUGAUGUGCAUUUCCCUAAAACUAAUGAUGUUGAGCAUCUUCUCAUGUGCUCAUUGGCCGUUUGUACGU